AUGUUCUGGCCAACUGUUCAAGGUAUUGCCGAUAAAGUUAAUCCACUAGGAAUCGCGCACUACAAGAACCUGAUAAAAGAACUGAAACACAACAACAUAAUACCUCUGGUGACAAUCUUCCACUGGGAUUUGCCCCAAGUACUCCUAGACCAAGGCGGCUUCCUCAACGAAAGCAUCAUCGACUGGUUCGGAGACUAUGCCAGAGUGUGUUUCGAAAACUUUGGGAACGACGUCCAGUACUGGGUCACUAUUAACGAACCCAAACAGGUCUGUACUGCUGGAUAUGGCUACGGAUACUUCCCCCCUCAGGUGCAAUCGGAGGGGCUCUUGGAAUACGUAUGCAAUCACAAUCUUAUAAGAGCUCAUGCCAAUGGUUGGCAUAUUUACGAUAAGGAAUUCAGACCGCAACAAGGAGGUAAAAUUGGAAUCGUUAUCGACUCAGGGGCCACGGUACCUGCAACUGACAAGCCUGAAGAUAAAGAGGCUGCAGAAAGAAGAUAUCAUUUUGAAAUGGGCGUCUACGCCAACCCCGUCUUCCAUGGCGACUACCCAGAAAUCGUGAAGGCCCGUGUAGCAGCUCGUAGCAAAUUGGAAGGACGACAAAAAUCUCGUCUUCCGGAAUUUACCGAAGAAGAAAAGGUCUGGAUGAAGGGAACCACCGAUUUCUUCGGCCUCAAUACAUAUUCCGGUGACGUAGCGAGAGCUAUACCAGAACCACCCAUAACGGAUCCCCCUAGCAAGUAUGGAGAUCAAGGGAUUGAUGAUUUUAUACCUGACACUUGGGAGGAUACUGCGUCGGAGUUUAUAAAGGUUGUACCUUGGACCAUCAGAUAUUUGUUGAGAUUUGUGAAGGAGCAUUACAAUGAUCCUAACAUUAUCAUCACAGAAAAUGGUUAUCCAAAUGGCGGUGGUUUGAAUGAUGAAAGAAGAAUUUCAUGCGUUAGAGAAUACCUGAGCCACAUAAGAGAUGCAAUGAUCGAAGAUAAGGUCAAAGUUUUCGGAUACACCCUGUGGAGCAUUAUAGAUAACCUUGAAUGGACAAGCGGAUAUACGUGA